CCACCCUUGCUCUAACCUGUGUUAUUCUUAGUUUAGGUACCCUCCUGCAUCAUGACUUUGUCUAAGCCCAGCAUCUUGGCACACUUCCCCACCCCAAUCCCCUUAUGUGCAGGUUAAACAGGACCAUGCUGAGGAUUCUGCUGCUGUCCUUAGGACUCCUGCAGGAAAUCCCCAUCAUCCUGGCCUCCAACCCCAACCACAAUCACCGUCUGGAUGAGGGGGGAUCCAUUUUGGAUGAAGGAGGCAGAUCCAGCUAUUCAGGCCUCCUGCAGAUGGUGAAAGCGACACCCCCAGAUUUUGAACAACUGGCUGCUCUGGAGAUGCCAAUAGCCCAAGAUGAUCUUGUGCCAGACACCAAUGUGAUGGAGGCACAGCAGAUGCUGUCGAGGGCCCUGCCGGCUCAGGGGCGGGAGGAGCGCUCUCCGCGGCGAUGUGUCCGCUUGCAGGAAUCCUGCCUUGGGCACAAGCUCCCCUGCUGCGAUCCAUGUGCCACCUGCUACUGCCGCUUCUUCAAUGCCAAUUGCUUUUGCAAGAAAUUUAGCAACACUUUCCCCUGUGGUAGGAACUAG